AUGGUUCAUGUUUCACUUUCUGGUAACAUUUCCAGCUCCGUGAUUUCAUCUUUGUCUCUUUUCCUUUCUGGGUUUUCUUCCGGAAUAAGAAAACAGUUCUUCUUUCAUGAAAAAAAAAAGAUUCGACUUUUCAUCAAUUUCACCAAUAUGGUUGUACCCAUGAAGAGGUCAAUUAGGCCAUUGAUAAGCAUCCUAGUGCUUGCUGCAUUAGCAACAACCUUAAGCUACCGGAUUUUCAUCAGCCGCCGCGAUGUGUUCACCGCCGCAGCCGAGUUACAACCCGCAUCAAUCCAAAACUUGAACUUUACUUUGCUUAAGUUUGCAGCCAUUGAUAUAGGUGAAGAAAAAUCCAAGCUUGAAAUAGACCAGCUUCUUGAUGGGAACUUUGAUAGUCAAGGAAGAUACAAGGCCUAUGCAACUUGGAGGAGGUUCAAUCAACAUGAUGCCAAAGCAAGAAACUCUAAAGGAUUGUUGGUAAUGCUCCGAUCCCCCAAAUUUUAUCGGUAUUGGUCGAAUUUUAGAAGAAACUUACAGGAUUGGGCUAGAAAAAAGAUGUUUCAACCUGAUAUUAUGAUGGAUUUAGUUAGAUUAGUGAAGGUCCCUAUCGAUAGCUCAGACGGAACAUAUAAGUCUUGUGCUGUUGUGGGGAAUAGUGGGAUCUUGUUGCAUAAUCGUCACGGGAAGUUGAUCGACGAUCACGAGGUUGUGAUCAGGUUGAACAAUGCUCGGAUCGAGAGGUUUGAAAAGCAUGUAGGGUCGAAAACGAAUAUAUCGUUUGUGAACAGCAACGUUCUGCAUCUCUGUGCUAGGAGGGAAGGUUGUUUCUGUCACCCUUAUGGUGAUGGUGUUCCUAUUGUGAUGUACAUUUGCCAACCAGUUCAUUUCAUGGACUAUUUGGUGUGCAAUGCGUCUCACAAGGCAGAUUUGUUGAUUACAGACCCGCGUUUCGAUGUGUUGUGUGCUAGAAUCGUGAAGUAUUAUUCAGCGAAACGGUUCGUGGAGAUAACGGGGAAGCCGUUGGGCAAAUGGGAAUUGACUCAUGAUGGUUCCAUGUUUCAUUAUUCCUCUGGACUGCAGGCUGUGAUGCUAGCUUCGGGAAUUUGUGACAGAGUUAGUAUAUUCGGAUUUGGAAAAUCGACUUCCGCCAAGCAUCAUUAUCAUACUAAUCAGAAGGCCGAGCUCCAGUUACACGACUACGAGGCCGAAUACGAAUUCUAUCGUGAUCUGGUGAAGAAUCCAUAUGCAAUACCAUUCAUUUCAGAUAAGUUCAGAUUCCCUCCUGUGGUAAUCUAUCAAUGA